GUUCCCCACGUCUGGAGAUCAGAGACGUGUGCUUGACGUCAGACCCGACUGCGGUUGAUGAUGCCCUCGAAGCCCAACAGAUCUGGCUGGGAGGAUACAACCCAUUCAGAUGAGGGCUGCAACUACCAAACGAUGCGAUGCCUUGCUCCACGGCUCCACUCUAAGAACAGCCCCCUCAUGAGCUCCGUUGUCAUUACCACCGGGGGAUUGAUCUUUGUCUUGCCCGUGAUGGUUUAGAACGUAAACUGGAGACCUACAAGUCGGACCCCUUAACAAGGCACUGAAGACCGGACCUGGGGCUUGAUGAUUACGGGGCAGAGAUGGUGGAAGCUGGGACCAUGGGUUUCGCCAACAGCCUUAGAUGAACGGAAGUAAGCUGGACCUGCAUAACUCCACUAAGCUGCGCCGCCCUCCAGCCGGGGUUCCCCUCUCCCCGUCCCCCUCUCCGGCCAUGGCAGGUUUCAAACGGGGCUACGAUGGCAAGAUUGCCGGCCUGUAUGACCUGGACAAGACACUGGGCCGUGGCCACUUUGCAGUGGUCAAGCUGGCGCGGCACGUCUUCACCGGGGAGAAAGUGGCCGUCAAGGUGAUCGAUAAGACCAAGCUGGACACGGUCGCCACGGGCCAUCUGUUCCAGGAGGUGCGCUGCAUGAAGCUGGUCCAACACCCUAACAUUGUGCGGCUCUACGAGGUGAUAGACACUCAGACCAAGCUUUACCUCAUCUUGGAGCUCGGCGACGGAGGGGACAUGUUUGACUACAUCAUGAAGCACGAGGAAGGGCUGAACGAAGAACUGGCCAAAAAGUAUUUCGCCCAGAUCGUCCACGCCAUCUCGUACUGCCAUCGCCUUCAUGUGGUGCACAGGGACCUGAAGCCUGAGAACGUGGUGUUUUUUGAAAAGCAGGGACUGGUCAAGCUCACAGACUUUGGCUUCAGCAACAAGUUUCAACCGGGGAAAAAGCUGACGACAAGCUGUGGAUCGCUGGCGUAUUCCGCGCCCGAAAUAUUACUAGGGGACGAAUACGACGCCCCGGCAGUUGACAUAUGGAGUCUGGGGGUGAUCCUGUUCAUGUUGGUGUGUGGCCAGCCGCCCUUCCAAGAGGCCAACGACAGUGAGACCCUAACCAUGAUCAUGGACUGUAAAUACACUGUACCUGCCCACGUUUCAAACGCAUGUGAAGACCUGAUCGACCGCAUGCUCCAGAGGGACCCCAAGGGGCGGGCGUCCCUGGACGAGAUCGAGGGCCACGCGUGGCUGCAGGGCGUGGACCCCUCCCCCGCCACCAAGUUCAACACGCCGCUGGUCUCCCACAAGAGCCUGUCAGAGGAGGAGCACAGCGGCAUCAUCCAGCGCAUGGUGCUGGGGGACAUCACCGACCGCGAGACCAUCGUGGAGGCCCUGGAGACCAACAAGUACAACCACAUCACGGCCACCUACUACCUGCUGGCCGAGCGCACCCUCAGGGAGAAGCAGGAGAAGGAGGUGCAGACGCGCUCCUCCAGCCCCAGCAACGCCAACAAGGCCCAGUUCAGGCAGUCGUGGCCGAGCCGCGUGGACAUGCACCAGGACAUCGAGGACAGCCUGGCCACCGCCUCCAUGGCCGGCGGCCCCCAGUCCCCGGCCCGCAGCGCCGAGAACCUGCUGAACGGCCACCGCGCCUCCAAACCCCUGGAGCUGGGCCGCCGGGAGGACCUCACCGACUCGCCGCAGGGUGCGUGUGCAGUCCCCCCCUCCUCUGGUCCCGGGUCCCACCGGGCCCCCGCCGUGCCGGCUCCCAAGCAGAGAACCUGCCUGUUCAGAGUGGAGGAAGACGAGGAGGAGGAGGACGAGACCGACUCCGCCCCCCAGGCCGCGCAGGUCAUCCUGCGCCGCAAGCCCCCCUCCAUCACCAACCGCCUCACGUCUCGCAAGAGUGCGCCCGUGCUCAACCAGAUCUUCGAGGAGGAGGGCGAGUCCGGCGACGACACGGACGAGGGCCUGCCGCCCAAGCUCAGCCGGCUCAAGAUGCACCUGGCCUCCACCGCCGCCGCCGCCGCCGUCACCUCCACCUCCACGGCCGCCGCUGCCGCCGCCACGGCCGCCGCCGCCACCUCCCCCACGGCCUCGUCGCCGCCGGGCUCCACCCACAAGCGCUACCACCGCCGCAAGAGCCAGGGGCGCGGCUCGUCGUGCUCCAGCUCGGAGACGAGCGACGACGACUCGGAGAGCCACCGCCGGCGGCUCGACAAGGACUCGGGCUUCAGCUACAGCUGGAACCGCCGGGACAGCAGCGAGGGCCCCCCCGGGAGCUCCGGGGGCGGCGGGGGCGGCCAGGGUGGAGGAGGAGGAGGAGGAGGAGGUGGAGGAGGAGGAGGCGGGAGUAGCUCGGGACAGGGCAAGCCGCCCUCGGAAGGCAACGGCUCGUCCGGUCCUGACCCCGGGAGCCCCCCUGGCGGCGGAGGGGGUGGGGGGGGAGGGGGUAAAGGACAGAGCAGCCCCUCCAGCUGCUGCAACAGCAGCAGCACCAACAGCGGGGGCGGCGGCGGCGGCGGCAGAGCCACCACCCCGCCCGCCCCCGCCGCUAACACCACCAGCCCCCCGACGGCCACCGGGUCGUCGCGGCCGUCGCGCGCGGCGUGCCGCAGCACAGAGCUGGUGGAGAGCCUGAAGCUGAUGAGCCUGUGCCUCAGCUCCCAGCUGCAGCACCACCGCGCGGCAGGGGGGGCACGCACGGGACGGGGCGGGGGCGGCGGCCGCUACAUCAUAGACCCCCGGGGCGGCGGCGGCGGGAAGCUCCCGGAGAAGUCGAGCUGGAAGAUGUGCGUGGGCUCCAACGGCAGCCUGGACACCAUCACGCUGCCCACGGGGGGGCCGCCGCCGCCCCGGGCCACGCACGCCCAGCGCAAGACGGCGGCUGGCGGCGGCGGGGCCCGGGACCGCCACGGCCUGAAGAACGGCGUGCUCCAACUACCUCUGUGUGAGAAGACCAUCUCGGUCAACAUCCAGCGGGGGUCCCGGGACGGUCUGCUGUGCACGACCGUGGCUCCGCCCAGCUGCUGCCAGGUCAUCUAAAAACAAACACCCCCCAACCCCCCCAUCCCGUCCCGUCCCGCCUCACCAUCAGUAACACAGUCCUCCAACAGGCCCCUGGUCCAACCAAAUACCCCAUCGGCUCCAUGUUGCUCCACUCUCUGGUAUUGCUCUUUGUUAUGUUCUUUUGUAUCGACCUCAGCCCCCCCCCCCCCUAAACUAAAAGCUAUUUUUACACGUCCCAUUCCAGAACAUUGCAGAGUUACCCUCCCGUGGUCUCCAUAUACGAUUGAUUUAUUUUUUCGGAAAAAUACUCCAGAGAAUAUGUGUGCUAGUGCCCCCCCCCCCCC